GUCGUCGUAUAGCGGGUGUAUAGCUCAUUCCAAAGGAUUUGCGUAAUCUGUUUAUAAUUCAAGCCUGUUUACCAUUAUUUCUGAACCAUUGACCUCUAUAUAUUGAUCUUGUAAGGUCUGAUAAGUGCGUAGGCUCGAUUUUCUGACCAGAGAAACUGGUGUGAUUAUUAUUACGGUGUUGGAGAAGGUGUUGAAGAAGUACAAUCUGAUAUUUCAGGUCAUCGGAACACGGAAGAAGAGCAUGUUACACUAAGUUUCAGAUUCUCUAUGAAAAGAGACGAUGCCACGAAGAGAACAAACAAGUAACAAUAGCGAUAAGUCAUAACGAUGAGGAGCUUUCAAUCACAUUGCAUUGAUAAGGAUGAUAACGGGGAUAAGUAUAGCAGUGUUUAAGAGCAACGUGUGAUGAUAUGAUAGCCGGACAAGGACUUCUGUGGCUGUGUUGUAUUGCUACUGUGUCAUCAGCGAGUGGAUUGUAUAAUCCUUCAAACACGGGAGCAGUAUGUGGAGGUCUAAUGAAGGCUCCACACGGAAAUAUCUCAACUCCAAACUUCCCAAAUAAUUUUCCAGUGCCUUUAAAAUGUACAUGGUUAAUAUACGCACCUCCCGGCAAGAAAAUUGCUUUAUAUUUUACGCAGUAUUACCUGAAGGAAUCAUUCCAAAUAUCGGAAUACACUUACUACCAGGAUGAAAAUCUCUUCAUGGGACGUAGCUAUAUUCGUAAUUUCCUUUUCGAGGACGAGAUUACUUUUAUCAUCGGUUCUAAGCCGUACAUGCUGAUCCAACUAGAUGUAGCCGACUUAACAAACUUGCACAUACGAGUGGAGGAUUUCCUAACAGAUGUCUAUGGGUUCAAUAUAACAUACGAGAUAGUACCCGAAAAUUCACAGCCAAGAUAUGACGCUUGCUCUGUAUACAGCUGCUCCUUUCUAGGAAAUUGUUUGGCGUCCGAGGGAUUUGAAAGUUAUAAAUGUCAUUGCUUCCCUGGGUUCUGGGGCCAAGAGUGCGAAUAUGGUCCACAUUGCGAUCCAAUUAAGGGCAACAACUCAUGUUAUAAUGGAGGCUCGUGCAGGUAUUUCUUUGGGUCUAGGGUAAACUUCUGUGAUUGCCCACCAGGGUUUGAAGGUAACCAAUGUGAGAAUAGAGUAAAGGGCUAUCUUCCACCAGAAUGCGUAUCACUAGCUUGUGACCAAUUAUGUCUACCCAGGGAUGUAGAGGUUGGUGGAUACACCUGCUCCUGCAAGUCGGGAUUUAAACUUGACGUAGACAAUAGAACAUGCGUUCAAAUAGACAACCUUCAGUCAAUGAUAAAGCUAUACGUCUUAAACACAACGAAGGUGACAGACCAGUGGUUUGGUUCAGUAAAACAAAAGCUAUGGCAGUUUUUCUAUCUUCAAAAUGGAAAUCAUAAAAUUACUCUCCAAAUAAAUGAUGGGACUGCGUAUUUAGAACUUUAUUUUCCUGGACAUAUCAAAGAUGAAAAUGACGUGAUACAAAUUCUGAAGGACCCAGACACACACGCAUCCUUGCUGGCGAUGGGACUUCAAUCUGAAAAUUUCUCGUUGCAUUAUGAGCCAGCAUUCUCAUUUGUUGGGCUCUCCAAUCAGGAUCCCAAUCCAGUGAUACAGGGAAAUAUACUUACACUCAUGUGCGAGUCAAGGGGCUCAAAAGACUUAACAUUUACUUGGUACAAGGAUGGAUCGAGAGUGGAUGUGCAUAGGGCAAGCAGAGACAUGUACAUUACCAGAAUGCCUAUGACAGAAGGAGGACUCCAUGCGUCUGUGCUCAGUAUUCACAGUGCAACACCAUAUGAAGAAGGAGACUUUACUUGCCAAGUGGAAGAUUGGUUGGACAGAGAAAAUAAAACUCUCCACGUGUAUGUCAUCACACCGCCAGAUGUCAGCAUUAAUCCUUCUCAUAAAAUUGUUCCAAUCGGAAGUAGAUUGAGUAUAACAUGCCUGUCACGUGAUGAUAAUUUUGGUAAAUUCAAAUACCAUUGGCUAAGGAAUAACAAGCCAGUAAAUAAAGAUAUGGUUGAAGAGUUGCUGCCCACUGGAUCUCGUCUUCAUAUCCAGUAUAUUCGCAUGUCUGUCGUCUACACUUGUGUUGUUAGAAAUGAGGCAGGUAUCUCUAGUGAGGAGAGUAGGAUUGAUGUUCUCAAUCACACAUCUCUAACAACAGAGUUAGGACAAAAUAUAUGCCAAUCUGAGGCCUAUAAAGACGUCAAGUGGGAUCCCUCAUAUAGCAAUUCAUCCAGUGUUAGAAGCUGUCCUGCUGGAUCAAAAGGGAAGGCAACGCGAGCCUGUGUUUGUGGGGGAACGGGAUGUUAUUGGGAAGAGCCUAUCUUUACAACAUGCAUAUCAAACAGAGUAAAUGACAUAUCAUGUUUGUUUGAAAAUUUAAAAAAUGGCUAUAUGGUGACUCGGGAAUACAGCAUCCUCCAGCAAAUGAACAUGUUCCUGUCUCGUCAGUUAUAUUGGGGCUACAAUAUAUACGCCGGUGAUUUGAUAAAACUGACGGAACUACUUCAAGAUGUCUACUCAUAUUCUGAUAAAUUCAUGGACGACCAUAUGAUGCAGCAGAUCUUCAAGGAGACCCUUGAAGUCACUAGUCAAAUUCUUACUAAAUCUAGAGUUUUGACAAAUUAUGAGAAAAAGGGAUCAUUCCAUCUCGGGGUGCAGGUAUUGGAGGUAGUAGAGGUCGUCAUGGCAUCUUUUAUAGAGAAACAACAAAAUAUUCUGAAUAAAAUGCCUUCCGAUCAGCUUUCCAUCAAAGUAGACAAUUUAGAAGUGAAUUUUACAAAAGUGGCAAGAACAGAUGUCAGAUACAAGCGACAUGAAGACGAGAUCUUGAAUGAGUCGCCCUUAAGUGUAAUAGGAGAUACUGAUGUUUACGAUGAGAUGUACUUUUCUGCAGUCGUGAAAUACAAAAACAUUUGGCAAAUUAUGGCAAAUGAGUCAAUAGGAGAGAACACAGUGAAUUCAAAAAUAUACUCACUAUAUAUCCCGUCAUCUCUGGGCGAAGAAUACUCACCAUCACUAGUUAGAUUGGAGCACUUAGACAAGUCUCAAGAAAAGAAGUUGCGUAUAAGAUGUGCUCAAUGGAAAUCGAGGUUAUUUCCAAAUGGAUAUUGGGACCUUGAUGGAUGUAAUGUUGUUGGCUGGUCCAUCAACUACACAACAUGUAGAUGUAACAAUUCUGGUCAUAUUUCUCUGUUGCUGGUUUCAACAUCAUCUGAUAACGUUGAAUUAGAAGUCAACCAUGUUACGCCAUUAAUAGUUACAGUGGGUUACAUCACAUCACUAGUCAGCUUCUGUAUAACCUUCUUUAUAUAUACGAUAUUUCGUAGGCACUACAAGCACAAUCGGCCAAUCUCAGUUAUCUUCAUGUGCAUCGUGAUGAUUAUACUCUCUUCUCUCCUUCUAGCUGGCAUGGAUAGAUAUAAUAUGAAGAUGGUGUGUAAGAGUGUAUAUAUUUUACUUUAUUGUUUCUACAUCAUGACAUUGAGCAUCCAGCUUACUACAUCCACUGAUCUCUACUUGAAUUUACUGGAUAAAAUUCAGUCAAAAUUCAAUAUUUUGUGGAAGGCUGGACUUAUUCUAGGUGUGCCAUUUAUAUUCAGUCUACCUGUUGUCAUAGCCUCAAUUUUAGACGACAUGCCUUAUAGUCAGAGACAUUUUUGCUGGGUGUCCGUUCAAUCAUGGCAGUUUUAUUUAUUCAGCAUUGCUAUGCUUUUAAUGCUUGUGAUAUGGCAGGUUUUCAAUAUACUUGUCUUAAAUAAUAUACACAAAUUGGAUUAUGUGAAAAAUAGGGAGAAGUUAGAAAUCAUAAGAUGGAUAUUGAAGAAGUCUCUAGUAACAGCAGUUUUCUUGUUUCUAUCGUGCGUGUGCAUCAUACUACGUGUCAAUGUGGAUCAUACUGGAAUUGACUACCUUACUGGUAUCUCCAACAUUGUAUUGGGUGUAUGGUAUUUUCUCUCGGAAUGCAUAAUGCGAAAGUGGGUGGGCAGUAUUGUGCAUCGGUUGAAAUGUUCCACCGAAUCAGCUAAAGAACCCAUUUCUCAAUGUUCAUCUUUACACGUUCAAUUCAAGAAGAAAAAGAAUGUUGAAAAGCAGUCACCGAAAGACGAGGGAUUCGUAGCAUUUGUACGUCCUCAUAAGUCCUCCAUGUCAUCUAAUGCCGAAGAUAUUGAUACUCGUGACUUGAAGAGGGUUAAAGAACGAAAGUCGAAACCUAGGGCCAGAUUAGAUUCUUCCAGAGCAUUAUUAGAGAGCACAGUAUGUUCAGAUGACCAGGACUACAGUCGUCGCCAGUCGGUGGCUUCUUAUAUAACAGGUGUGGCCGAGGAGGACAAAAUCUACAGCAGAGUCAAUUAUGUAUCAACGAAGCUUAAGUGCUCUCCAGGAAUAUCAUACAUAACCGACGAUACAAUUAAAGAAUUUUUGGACGAUGAGGAAAAAAGCUGAGAUGAGCUUUUAAGUAGUUCAAAGUAUUGAGCUUAGAAACUAAAAGAGAUAUUACUUCAGUUUGAGGUUUUAGGAAAUACCUGUUAUCAUCGUAACAAGUUUAAUUCUAGGAAAGAGUACGACGUUCAGCCAAUAAAUUCUGAAAUAAGUUCCAGAAUUGCAUUAUUGCAGUAAUUUUUAUUAAAUGCAUCUAUCUUUGUUGUGAACUUCGCCUUAUUUCAUUUUAUUAAAAGUGCUGGAUCUAGGGUAUAGAAUCUCAGGAUAAUUACACUUUGACUUAUCUUUAAGAGCAUUAUUUUAUAUUUAGAUAGAUUUAACGCCGCUUGUGAAGAGGGUAUCGGAAUGUCAAGAAUUUCCAUCGAGUGGAAAUCGUAAAUGAUGUCCAAACUGUCAACCUUAAUAAUUAGAGUCCGUUUACAGAGGAAAAGGUUUUGGAUACAUAAGCAGUUGACACAGUUCAGCUUAUUCAGAAAUGUAUCAAUGAAUGAAUUUCAUAUUAUCCAAAUUGUGCAACAUUACGCUUCACAAUUUAACGUUUAAGUCUAUGAUAGAUAUGCGUUGGCUUAUAAGGUCACAACAAAUUCGUCUUGUCUUAGAAAUCACAUAUAUGGAGAAAGAGUAAUUGUAUGAAUCGUAUUAGUGAAAACUCAGGGUAUUGGGCGUAUCUGUCCAAAGGUUCAAUAUUAGAAAUGUAUCUGAAUGCCAUUUUUACAGAAAGAU